AUGUCAUCCUCGCUCAAGUCGCUAUGCCUGCGCAUCCCCGCAGCGCCCGCCAGCCUCGUGCGAUGCGGUCCUAAAGCUUCAUUCUCGCCGCUGGCGCAAUCGCCUCUAUGCGCUCAGCCUCGCGUGCCCUUGUCCGCAACGACCUUUUCCCGCGCCAACCACAGCCUGGCCGGCUCCAGCCCUUCGCGGCCGUCCAUCGCCAGCCUCGUCGCAAAGACUCGAAGCUCCCCCACAUCGUCAUCAUCGUCAUCCUCGGUCCUGCGUCUGCGUCUCCAGCCCUACUCCAGCACGGCCUCAGCCUCAGCCGACGCCUCUGCGCCGGCCCUCGACUGGGACUCCUUCUUCAAGCUGCGCCUUCGCCGCCGUCGCAUCCAGCUUCUCUUCUCCGUGGCCACGGGCCUGCUGGGCGGCGCGGUCGGCACCGUCGUUUUAGCCGAGGGCUUUGCCGAGCCGCUGGUUGCGCAGGUUCCGCUGGAUCCCUUCUUCACGCUGGGCAUCAUGACCAUGGCGUGCGCCGGCAUGGGCUGGCUGGUCGGACCGACGCUCGGCAACCAGGUGUUUUACAUCAUCAACCGGCGCUUCAAGACGCAGAUGCUGCAGAAGGAGGGCGAGUUCUUUGCCCGUGUCAAGCGGCACCGCGCCGACCCUACAAAUUCGAGCGCAGGCAACCCAGUUCCCGAUUUCUACGGCGAAAAGAUCCAGAGCGUUGCCGGAUAUCGAAGGUGGCUGAAGGACCAGCGAGCGUUUAACAAGAAGAAGUCGGCAUCCUUUGUUUAA